AUGAUUGACGACCAGGUGCUACACCUGUAUGAGAAUAUGACGGGUGAAUGGAUUGAGUGUAAAGGACCUGAAAAUAAGUACAACAUAUCGAUAGAGAGAUACAAUUAUACGUCGAUUAGAGUGACCAGUGAUUUGAGUGCACUUUUGAAGUGUUGGGCACAGGGUGUCAAACGGGUCCCGGAGUCCGACGAUAACAUAUACUAUGACAAUAUAAUUGAGUUUAAUUUUGGUGGUGUUAUAGACUUUCCCAAUGAUAUUGCGGUGUAUGUUAACUGUACUUUAAAUGAAGAAAGCUAUGAGAAAGUGGUACCACUUAUACCAGUCAUAGAGUGGCCAACUGUCCCGGAAUUACCGGGAACUCGAGACCUACCGAACGUAUUGUUCGUUGGCAUCGAUUCAGUGUCGAGACUGCAGUUCGAACGACACUUUGCCAUCACUGCCCGCAAUGUAAUCAGUGGACAGGGAUUUCACACAAUGUAUGGCUAUAACAAAGUGGCCGACAAUACCUUCCCAAACCUCACACCACUUCUCACCGGACAUUAUGUAGAGGACCUCUGGAAUGAGACUAUGGAUGAGCCGUUUGACUACUUUCCCUUCAUAUGGAAAGAAUACCAACGGAAAGGCUACCGAACCCUAUAUAUGGAAGACGCGCCGAAUAUGAAUACAUAUAAUUAUGGGCGACGAGGGUUUGUCGACCCGCCCACUGACUACUAUCUCAGACCAUAUUACCUGGCUAUGGAUGACAUGACUGAUGAAUAUUGCUAUUUAGAUAAACCGGAAGUUGUGGUAUAUUACGAGUAUUUGUUGGACUUUAUCCGUGCAAUGAAUGCCAGAAAUCAGAAGUACUUUGCGUUUCAUUUUAUGGCUCGACUCACACACGAUAUCUUAAAUAACGCCGGAUUUUAUGAUCCAAUUAUUAAUACAUUGUUUUCACAACUAUUUCGCGAAAAUCUGUUAACAAAUACAGUAAUCGUGUUCUUCUCGGACCACGGGUUGAGGUUCGGAGACAUACGACAGACACUGUCGGGAAAGUAUGAGGAAAGGCUGCCUNUCUCGGACCACGGGUUGAGGUUCGGAGACAUACGACAGACACUGUCGGGAAAGUAUGAGGAAAGGCUGCCUUUUAUGCACAUAUAUGUCCCCCAGAGAUACCGUUCCCGCAAUCUGACGGUCAAUGAGCACCGGCUCACCACUCCUUUCGACAUACACUCAACCCUUAAACAUAUUAUCGGUAAACCUAACCAUACGCUAAGCUAUGGGUUGUCCCUAUUAGAGGAGAUCCCAUACGAUAGGAGUUGCGAUAGUAUACCGAUUUUAGAGCACUGGUGCGGCUGUCAGACCAGUCAACCCAUACAUGACUUACACAGCGUUAGACCUAUGGCUGAGUUUGUGGUCACAAAACUCAAUGACUUACUGCACGACAACAAAUGA